AUGGAGCGCGGCGUGCUGCUGCUGGCGUUGGCCUGGGCGCUGGGGGUGACUCUGUCCGGGGCAGCCAGGAGCCCCUACCAGCAGGUCCUGCACCACAGCCGGCUGCGCGGCCGGCAGCACGGCCCCAAUGUGUGUGCUGUACAGAAGCUUCUUGGAACAAACAGGAAAUACUACACAAACUGCAAACAGUGGUACCAGAGAAAAGUCUGUGGAAAAUCAACAAUGAUCAGCUACGAGUGCUGCCCUGGAUAUGAAAAGGUACCUGGAGAAAAAGGCUGCCCAGCUGCAUUGCCACUUUCAAACAUCUACGACACCCUGGGGAUUGUUGGAGCCUCCACCACCCAACUGUACUCUCUCAGCUCUAACCUGAAACCAGAAAUUGAAGGACCUGGAAGUUUUACAAUCUUUGCCCCAAACAAUGAGGCCUGGUCUGCUUUGCCUGCUGAAAUGUUGGAUUCAUUGGUCAGUAAUGUUAACAUUGAGCUGCUAAAUGCUCUUCGCUACCAUAUGGUGAACAAACGGGUCCUAACAGAUGACCUGAAACAUGGAACGUCUCUUCCUUCAAUGUACCAGAAUAUUGAUCUCCAGAUCCACCAUUAUCCUAAUGGAAUCGUGACCGUGAAUUGUGCCAGACUUUUGAAAGCAGACCAUCAUGCCACCAAUGGAGUGGUCCAUCUGAUAGAUAAAGUCAUCGCCACCACAACGAACUCUAUCCAGCAAAUCGUUGAGACUGACGAAAAUCUUGAAACUCUUCGAGCUGCUGUGGCUGCAUCUGGUCUUAAUACCUUGUUAGAAAAUGAUGGUCAGUUCACACUCUUGGCUCCAACCAAUGAAGCCUUUGAGAAGAUCCCACAAGAAACACUGAACAGGAUCCUUGGGGACCCAGAAGCUCUCAAAGACCUGUUAAACCAUCACAUACUGAAAUCAGCCAUGUGUGCUGAGGCCAUUAUUGCUGGCUUGUCAAUGGAGACUCUGGAAGGUACCAUGUUGGAAGUAGGCUGUACUGGUGAUGAACUCACCCUGAAUGGAAGGCCUAUCAUUGCUGAAAAGGAUGUCCUAGCUGUCAAUGGUGUCGUACAUUUUGUUAAUGAGCUUCUGAUUCCAGACUCAGCUAAAACUUUGUUUGAGUUAGGUAAAGAAUCUGAUGUUUCAACGUCUAUUGACCUUUUUAGACAAGCUGAUCUCAGCUCUCAUCUCACUGGAAAUGAGCGUGUGACGCUUCUUGCCCCAAUAAACAUUGUGUUCAAAGAUGGGACUCCUCCUAUGAAUCGGAACACGAAGAGUUUGCUUCUAGAUCACAUUCUUAAAGAACAGCUUUCUUCUAAAUAUCUUUACCAUGGACAGGAGCUAGAAACUCUGGGUGACAAAAAACUGAGAGUUUUUGUAUACCGCAAUAACCUCUGCAUUGAAAAUGUCUGUAUUGCUGCCCAUGACAGGAGAGGAAGGUUUGGCACCUUGUUUACGGUGGACAAAAUGUUGACUCCACCCGUAGGAACAGUCAUGGAUGUUCUAAAGGCAGACCAACGUUUCAGUACGUUGGUGGCUGCCAUCCAAUCUGCAGGUCUAAUGGAGACAUUAAAUAGGCCAGGUACCUUCACGGUGUUUGCUCCAACAAACGAAGCUUUCCGAGCUAUGCCACGAGGGGAAUUGAACAAACUUAUGGGUAAUGCUAAAGAACUUGCUACCAUUCUGAAGUACCAUAUUGGGGAUGAAAUCUUGAUCAGUGGAGCAGUUGGAGCUCUUGUGAGAUUGAAGUCUCUGCAGGGUGAUAAAAUUGAAGUUAGCGCUAAAAACAAUGUAGUGAAUGUGAACAAGGAACCUGUUGCCGAAACUGAUAUCAUGGCCACUAAUGGUGUGAUUUAUGCUGUGAAUGCUGUCUUACAACCUCCAGCUUUUAGGCCUCAAGAAAGAGGAGAUGAGCCCGCAGAUCCUGCGCUAGAAAUCUUCAAACAGGCAUCUGCAUUAUCCAAGGUUUCCCACAGGAGUUCUCGGCUAGCGCCUGAAUAUUCCAGGUUAUUAGCAAGGAUGAAACAUUAAAGUGAAGAACAUUC